AUGUAUUUCCGACCAUCUAUCGCUGCUCCUAUUUCAGGCGCGGGAGACGUGCUGGAAGACGACCUGGAGGACGACGAGGACGAGCUCGACGACGACGAGCUGGACGUGGAGCAGGAGGAAGAGGAGGAAGACGGCGGGCCCGAGGAGGAGGAGGAGGAGGACAUGUGGAGCGAGGAAGACGACGACGCCGAUCUGUGGGAAGUCCCCGUGGAGGAGGACGUUUGGGACGGCGGGGUUGGGGGGGAGCUUUACUUUGGGGACGAGGACUACGAUGAGGAUGUGAUGGAGGAAGACGUGGAGGAAGAGGAGGAGGUGGAGGAGGAAGAGGAGGAGGUGCAGACGCCCCCUCCGCCUGUGCUGGCCACGCGGCCUCGACGCCUCCAGACCUUUACCUGCCCGCAAUGCCGCAAAACCUUUUUCCAGAGGAAUUUCCGACCUAACCUCCAGCUGGCCAACAUGGUGCAAAUCAUCCGCCAGCUGCACCCAAAGUUCAGUUUUCGACUCUACCACGGAGUUAGUGACCGAAACAGGAGGAGGAUCUUGUCUGAGCCAAGGAUUCCUGAGACAGGUUUCCCUCUCUCUCAGAACAAACUCCAAAGCCACCUGGAGCCCCUGAAGAAGAAGCUGGACGCAGUCCUGAAGCAGAAAUCGAGCGAGGAGGAGAAGAUCACGGAGCUGAGGGACAAGAUGAAGCUGGAGAUCAAGGAGUUUGAGUCCGACUUUGAGCUGCUGCACCAGUUCCUCAUCGGAGAGCAGGUCCUGCUCUUGCACCAGUUGGAGGAGCGCUACGAGAGCUUGCUGGCCCGCCAGAGCAGCAACAUCAGCCAGCUGGAGGAGCAGAGCGCGGCCCUCGGCCGGCUCAUCGCCGAGGCGGAGGACAAGAGCAAACAGGACGGGCUGCAGCUGCUCAAGGACAUCAAAGGUACUUUUAUCAGAUGCGAGAACAUCAAGUUCCAGGAGCCCGAGAUGGUGCCAGUGGACGUGGGGAAGAAAUACCGCAACUACUUCCUGCAGGAUGUGGUGAUGAGAAAGAUGGAGAAAGUCUUCAGCAAAGUCCCUCAAGCCGACGUGACCCUGGACCCCGACACUGCCCACCCCCGCCUGAGCCUCUCCCUGGACCGGCGCAGCGUCAAGCUGGGCGAGCGGCGCCAGGAGCUGCCGGACAACCCCAAGCGCUUCGAUUCGGAUUACUGCGUGCUGGGUUCCCAGGGUUUCACCACCGGGCGCCACUACUGGGAGGUAGAAGUGGGAGGCCGGAGAGGCUGGGCGGUGGGGGCGGCCCGCGAGGCAGCCCGGCGCGAAGAGAAG